AAGGUGAUAUCUGUCAAUUUUAGGGAGAGAAGGUCAAAGUGAGGCAUCAGCCGGUCAUAAUCGAAUAAAUUUUGAUUCCAAGUUCCAAUCAUGCCCGGAAAAUAUAAAAUUGUAAUGAUUCGCCACGGCGAAAGCGAGUGGAAUCAGAAGAACUUGUUCUGCGGUUGGUUUGAUGCUGACCUUAGCGACAAAGGUCGUGAAGAAGCUACCGCUGCUGGUAAGGCGUUGAAAUCUGAGGGAUAUCAAUUUGAUGUCGCCCACACCUCUGUGCUUAAACGGGCACAGAUCACUUUGAAUUCUGUUCUGCAGGAAAUCGGCCAGACUGACCUGCCUGUCCAGAAGACUUGGCGCCUUAACGAGAGGCAUUAUGGUGGACUUACGGGUCUCAACAAGGCUGAGACAGCCGCUAAAUACGGCGAAGCUCAGGUUCAGAUCUGGCGCCGCAGUUUCGACGUGCCCCCACCACCCAUGGAGAAGGACCACCCGUACUAUGACACCAUUGUCAAUGACCCCCGGUACGCUGGCGACCCAAAACCCGAAGAAUUCCCCAUGUACGAAAGCUUGAAACUCACCAUUGAAAGGACUCUGCCUUACUGGAACGACGUCAUUGUCCCUCAAAUCAAAGAAGGAAAGAGGAUAAUCAUCGCAGCGCACGGAAACAGCCUUAGGGGCAUUGUUAAGCAUUUGGAUCAACUCAGUGACGCUGCCAUCAUGGAGUUGAACCUCCCCACCGGUAUUCCAUUUGUUUACGAACUCGACGAAGACAUGAAGCCAGUAGAUUCCAUGGUCUUCCUUGGCGACGAGGAGACCGUAAAGAAGGCUAUGGCCGCCGUAGCUGCCCAGGGCAAAGCUAAGUAAAUGUCUCCAGUUCUGUAUGUUACUACAUUAUAAUAAUAUUAAGUACGUAUAGUCAUUUUAAUUUAUUGUUGUUAUCUUGAAGAUAAUGUAUGCUGUAAUAAGUUGUUUGAAUACUCUAUGUGAAACAUAUUGUGUAUGUAUAGUAAAUUAUUAUAGAGAUUAAUACUGCCUCUGUAGUGUUUGCUUAUUAAUAAAAGGUAAUGUUUAUUUAAUACAAUUCUUAUUGAGUGUUAAAUGCAUAAGAGCUACUGAUUUGAAAUUGAAUACACGUUCUAGAAUCUAAAAAACUGCUUUAAAACAUCUUUAAGAUUUUUUUGAUCUUUGGAAAAUUGCCAAUUUGAUGCAAUUAUCUAGAUUUAGCGUAAAUAUCAAACGUGAUGUGCUUGUGAAAUUAUAAUAAAAUUUAACAAGAUGUCGUCAGUUUUA